UCUCUCCGAAAAAAGCCCGUCGCUAACCAAACUGUUUCACGCGCUACUCUAAAGCCUCCAACGUCUCAGAACAACGGGCAAACAUCCCCAUUUUCAGUAACGGGAAUCUCACCAGAUGGAGCCUAUCAGACUCCAUCUGGCUCUCACACUAGGAUUGUGGAUCGGCGCGCGCCUAGCCCUAUGUGAAAGCUCGAUGAUUUGCGCUCAACAGACGAAUAGAAUCGGCUGCGUCGCACGUCAUUCGGGUGUUGGUGGAAUUUAUCUGCCGACAGAGAUCCACCUAUGGAGUAUGUCCGUGACCACAGGGGAUAUGCACCUCCACGGGUCUUUAUCGGCUUGCUUCAGGGAGGGGCGAGGAGGCGCAUUACGAUACUGUCAUGGUUUCAUAUCACCUGCGUAUUUAUAACGACCAUAUGAACGUAUAAAACUCUUACUGCUAGCUAUAUUUUGUUCCCAGCUAUUUUUCUGCUACUUUCAGCUCAAUCGUUCUGAGCUGUACUGAGCCGGUCAUGCCUUCUUCAGUCACCUCUGGCACCAGGUCAGAAUCAUCCAGCCCGGUGCAGAAAAGCGUCAAGAAGUGGUGGAAAGAGAGCACAGUAUACCAAGUCUACCCAGCAUCUUUCAAGGACUCCGAUGGAGACGGGAUCGGAGAUUUACAGGGUAUCUUAUCCAAGCUAGAUUAUAUCAAAAGUCUAGGGGCCAACAUAUUAUGGCUGAAUCCGAUCUUCUGCUCUCCCCAGGUUGAUAUGGGAUACGACAUUAGUGACUACUAUAAUAUUUAUCGACCCUAUGGGACGGUGGAAGACCUGGAUCAAUUAACAGCCGCGAUUCACGAGCGGGGGAUGAAGUUGGUCCUGGAUUUAGUAGUAAACCAUACGUCAGACCAGCACCGCUGGUUCCAAGAAGCGCGUUCAUCCAAAGCCAAUCCCUACCGUGACUGGUAUAUUUGGAGGAAACCUAUAUAUGGAGAAGAUGGAAAGCCUCGGCCACCGAAUAAUUGGAAGUCUUACUUCGGGGGAAGUGUCUGGGAAUACGAUGAACCGUCUGGUGAAUACUACUUGCAUCUAUUCGCAAAAGAACAGCCAGAUCUGAAUUGGGAGAACCCUUACGUUCGCGCGGCAGUGCACGACAUCAUCCGCUACUGGCUUAAUAAGGGCGCCGAUGGUUUUCGAAUGGAUGCCAUUAACCUUAUCAGCAAAGAUCAGAACUUUCCUAAUGCCGAGGUAACGAACCCAGACUCGCCGUGGCAAGAUGGAACGAAACAUUUCGCAUGCGGCCCCAGGCUCCACGAAUACCUUCAAGGUAUUGGUAAGAUUUUGAAACAAUACGAUGCUUUUUCAGUGGGUGAGAUGCCAGAAGUCUACGACCUUAACGAGAUGCUUAGAAGCGUCGGGAACGAUCGUAAUGAAUUGAGCAUGGUCUUUCAUUUUGAGACGGUUUCCCUCGACCACGGACCAGGCGGCAAGUUUACGUCUAGAAAAUGGGAACUACAUGAGCUGAAAACCAUCGUGUCGAGAUGGCAAACAUUCAUGUACGAGAACAACGGCUGGAAUACAUUAUACCUCGAAAACCACGACCAGCCACGAAUCGUCUCGCGAUUUGGCUCCGAUGAGCCCGAGUAUCGGGUGCCGUCGGCCAAGAUGCUGGCUACUUUCCUGGGCUUUCAGAGCGGGACUCUGUUCAUCUACCAAGGCCAAGAGCUGGGAAUGCCCAACGUGCCCAAACAUUGGGGAAUCGACCAGUAUCGGGACAUUGAAACGUUAAACCAUUGGAAUGAGAUCACCACCAACGCUCCACAAAACACCCCACUACACGAGGCCUGUCUUGCGGAAUACAGAUUAAAGUCGAGGGAUAAUGCACGGACGCCCAUGCAGUGGGACGAUUCUCCCAACGCUGGCUUCUCGUCCGUUCGACCGUGGCUUCCCGUUCACGAUAACUACGGGGAUCUCAACGCAGUCGACCAAGUCAACGAUAAGGAGAGUGUGUACCACUACUGGGCUGGUGUGCUACGACUACGGAAAGCGUACCCCGGUGUCUUAGUAUAUGGGUCGUUUGAGCUUCUAUCUCCCGAGCAUCCGGACUUAUUCGUCUACGCUCGAACCGCCUCUUGUGGCCGAGCUGUUAUAGUGACCAACUUUCGCCCGCACGAAGUAACCUGGUCUGUCCCGGAAAAAGCCUUCAACUCCGCCGGAGAUGUCGCCCUCUCUAGCUACCCUGGCCGAACGAGUCACUCCUUACUUCAAACAACGGUUACCAUCAAGCCCUUCGAAGCAUUUGUCUGGCUCACUGGGACCGAGACAUCACGACUGUAGAUUAUAAUACGAACAAUUAAUGAGCCCAUUUAGUAUCAAUCCAUUG